CACAAAUUCGUUUUGAGCAGCUCCAAAUAGAAGCAGAAAGAGUGUGGAAGGAGAAACAAAAAUCUUCAAAGAAAAACAAAUAACAAGAUGGUUUACACGUUGUUUGCUAUUGAGAUAGUGGCGGCUGUCAUAUUGGCUGGAACGCUCCUGUAUCGCUAUGGAGACUGUUAUAGAAACCACAUCUUAGUGACAGUAUCAGUAUUAAUAGCAUGGUGCUUUUCAUUUGUGAUUAUGUUUAUUUUGCCUUUAGAUGUGUCUUCGACCUUCUAUAGACAAUGCUUACAAAGUAUUAACACCACAACAGUAGCAGCAGUCCAGAAUAAUGAAUCAAGUACAAUUGCACCGUCUAAUCAAUGCCAAAAACCCUGGAGCUAUGUACCAGACUCAGUUUUCCCAAAUUUAUGGAGGAUAGUGUAUUGGACAUCACAAUGUCUCACUUGGCUCAUAAUGCCAAUGAUGCAGUCCUAUAGUAAAGCAGGGGAUUUCACCGUGAAAGGAAAGUUGAAGUCUGCUGUAAUCGACAACGCAAUAUACUAUGGAUCAUAUUUGUCCAUAUGUAUAAUUUUGUUAAUAUACAUAACGCUAAAAGGUGUGUCCCUCGACGGGCCCAAAAUCAAGGCUAUUGCGUCCUCCGCAAGUAACACUUGGGGACUGUUCCUUCUCAUAUUGCUACUGGGAUAUUCUCUGGUAGAAGUACCGAGAAACCUUUGGAACAACUCAAAGAAGAAUUACACUUUAACAUACAGCUAUUUUAAGAUCGCUAAACUGAGUACGGACAAGUGUGAAGCCGAAGAAACUGUGGACGAUAUAUUGGAGAGUCUCAACUCAAUAGCAGCGGCGGUGGGUCCCGGACACCCUCUACACAGACACGUGGACAUCAUCCUACAGAAACUGCCAGUGCAGCUGCGAGACAAGCUCAACCAGAAACAGCCCCCGGAGAGACCCACAGCGCCCAGCUUGAAGAGCUUGGUCAAUUUGCAUAAAAAGACCAUAAAAUCCCUCCACGUACUCCAACGCACCCAGACACAAUGGGGUCUGAUGCUGGAGAGGAUCUACCAUCUGGAGGACGUGGCGAGCAACGCGCGGUCGCCCGAGCACCGCUUCCAGCGCACCUUCAACGCCCCCCGACCGCCGCUGAUGAGGGUGCUGUACCCGCCGAUUUUUGAAUGGUACUGGGAGUGCCUCAUCAAGCCGUACUUCCUGCGUUCGAUGGCCGUGCUGACGUGUAUAAUGUCGGUGGCGGUGGUGUGGUCGGAGGUGACCUUCUUCGUCAAAUCCCCCGUCCUGUCGAUAUUCGCGAACGUACUGAUUGCGGCGAGGAACACGUAUAACUAUACGGCUAUUGUGACAAUCUCCACCCUGACCAUCGGCUACAUGUUCUACUGCGCGUACUCCACCGUCCUCCGCAUCCGGGUGUUAAACCUGUACUACCUGGCCCCUCACCACCAGACCAACGAGUACAGCCUCAUCUUCAGCGGCAUGAUGGUCUGUCGGCUCACCCCGGCCAUGUGCCUCAACUUCCUAAGUUUGGUGCACAUGGACUCCCAUAUUAUUAAGGAGAGGAUCAUGGAGACUUAUUAUACGCAGAUAAUGGGCCACAUGGACGUGCUCGGCAUCAUAGCGGAGGGCUUUAACCUGUACUUCCCGAUGCUGGUGGUGCUGCUGUGCGCCGCUACCGCGCUGUCGCUCGGCAGCCGCCUGCUCUCCAUGUGCGGCUUCCAGCAGUUCGCCGAUGACGAGCUGGCUCUGGACCUCGUGGACGAGGGGAGAGAGAUCGCCAAGAGAGAGAAGCGUAAACGUCAACGUGCGGAGGAGUCGCUGGCGCGGCGACGCGACUACAACGAGCGGUUCGCGCCGCACCGCGCCGACGACGGAGCCCGCACCGGGCUACUCAACGAUGUGGACUCAGAUCACUACGUGGCCAGCCCGCACAGAACCGCGCCCGCCCGGCUGACGGUCGACGACGGGGGUCUAGAUAGAUUUGGCGAGUCCACCCUGCCGUCUAUACGGAGCGAGUUCGAGCGACGCGGCAAGAUGACGAUGCCGCCGAGAGGGCUCUUCGAUGACGUAUAAGCGUUUAGUUAUCGCUAGUAACGAUGGCGAAAUUCGAAAUGUCGCUAAUUUUGAAGAAAAAUUGUGACUUUAGUAUCGCGAUGUUUGACAAACAUGACUUUUUGAAAUGAACAUCGCCUGCAGGGCCGGAUUUAUAUUUUUUAUGAGUGAAGGCCACUUUAUUUCCGCUGGCCUAUAGGGUUUAUUUUUAAAUCCAGGACUGUGCAUAACUAUAAUGUUCGGGAAAUCGAUUAGAUUCUGCCAGAGACCUUUAUGUCAAUUAUUAUCGUCCUUUCGUUGUCGAACUUCGUCGUCGUAAUUAUCGAAUUCAACUUGGCGAAAGCUAUUAUUGUAAAAUUUUAUAUAUGUAAAUUUUGUAAAAAUGUAUGCGAACGGUGUGUAGUGUGCGACUGAAAUAACACAUAAUGUUUUAUUCUGUAACUAUUUACAUGUUUUUAUUAUUUUGUCGUUUAUGGCUCUGUUUCUUUUAACUAUAAACAAAAAAAAAACUAUAUAUAGUUAUUCGGUAAUAUUUAAAUUGCUAACAUUAUAACUGACAAUAAUGUUAAAUUUUGUUUACUUACAUGUAGAUUCGGAAAGGCUUUAGAAAUGUUAUACUUUAGUUUUUAUGCUAACUGGGAUUAAAAAGCUGAAUUUGUUUUAUAAAAUGGACUAGAAAACAAGCGGAUGCAUCGUUUGAUGGUAAGCGGCCCAUAGACAAAAAUGCGUUUCCCAGUCCUUAAAAUUAUUAUUGUCUUGCAAGCUUCAUUCUACUCCAGUUUUCUGUAAGACUUUUAUAUUUAACCGGUCGAACCAAUUCACUGUCUUGCAAAUUUUUAUACUAAUCCAGUUUUCUGUAAGACCUUAACAUUUAACCGGUCGAGCCAAUUACCAACUAGUAUAUCCAUAUUAUGUAAUACCGAAAAUGUAUUGUGCAUAAUAUUAUUUUCCUAGUCAAACUAAAUUGCAAUAUAAA